AGACACGCCACCUAACAAGGAGCAACCGGACAGACUGGAGUCAUCAGCGCCUCGCUCAAGUCUUGGCAACUUGUCUCUCCUUUGACUUCCGACGCUGUCUGCCUUCAAUUCUCCCGAAAACGCCACUCACGCGGCUGAAGCCAUGCCCUGCGUCCAGGCUCAGUACGGGUCCUCGCCGCAAGGAGCCAGCCCGGCCACGCAGAGCUACUCGUACCACCACUCGGCGGCUGCCGGGGAAUACAGCUCGGACUUCUUAACGCCCGAGUUUGUCAAGUUUAGCAUGGACCUGACCAACACUGAAAUCACUGCCACCACUUCUCUCCCCAGCUUCAGUACCUUUAUGGACAACUACGGCGCCGCUGCCGCCGCCGCUGCGGGUUACGACGUCAAGCCGCCCUGCCUCUACCAAAUGCCGUCGCAGCCCCCGCCACCCCCGCCACCGGCGCCCUCCAUCAAGGUCGAGGAGCUGCCCCUGCACGGCCACGGCUACCCGCCGCCGCCGCAGCCCCCUGCUGCCGGCGGGCCCCAGGCGCCUGAUGAGCUGGCCGUCUACUACAAACCCUGCGCCUCGCCGCCCACCCCGGCCGCUGGUUUCGCGCCGGGUCAGAGCGUUUGGGACGAGGCCGGGCCGCUGCACGGCUUCCAUCACCACCACCACCAUCACCACCAAGCUUACGGUGGGGCGGCAGGAGGAGCGGCUGGCGGCGGCGGCGUGCAUAAGGCAGCCCCGACGGCGGUGCCCCGUCUCUCGCUUUUCUCCUUCAAGCAAUCGCCGCCCGGCAUGCCGGUGGGCAGCUGCCAGAUGCGUUUUGAUGGGCCCCUGCAUGCCCUACCUCUCAAUGGGGAGCCCUCGGGUCACGGGCCUGGCGCCCACCACCACCACCAUCACCAUCACCACCACCACGACGGGCAGCCUUUCGCUCUGCCCAACCCUAUCCGCAAGCAAGCCAGUGCCGCCGCCGUCGGCUUCCCCGGACUGCAGAUCGGGCAUGCCUCCCAGCUCCUGGAUGCCCAGGUGCCUUCGCCGCCUUCGCGGGGCUCACCCUCCAACGAGGGGCUGUGCGCCGUCUGCGGAGACAACGCUGCCUGCCAGCACUACGGCGUGCGCACCUGCGAGGGCUGCAAAGGCUUCUUUAAGCGCACCGUCCAGAAAAACGCCAAAUACGUUUGCUUAGCGAAUAAGAACUGCCCCGUGGACAAACGCCGUCGGAAUCGGUGCCAGUACUGUCGUUUUCAGAAGUGCCUUGGGGUCGGCAUGGUCAAAGAAGUAGUUCGCACAGACAGCUUAAAAGGCCGAAGGGGUCGUUUGCCCUCGAAACCGAAGAGCCCCCAGGAGCCUUCUCCCCCUUCGCCCCCGGUGAGUCUGAUCAGUGCCCUGGUGAGAGCUCAUGUCGACUCCAACCCGGCUAUGACCAGCCUGGACUAUUCCAGGUUCCAAGCAAACCCAGACUAUCAGAUGAGCGGUGAUGAUACGCAGCACAUCCAGCAGUUUUAUGAUCUCUUAACUGGUUCCAUGGAUAUUAUCCGGGGCUGGGCAGAAAAGAUCCCUGGCUUCACUGACCUUCCCAAACAAGACCAAGAUCUGCUGUUUGAAUCUGCCUUCCUGGAGCUUUUCGUCCUGCGGCUAGCCUACAGGUCAAACCCCGUGGAAGGGAAGCUCAUUUUUUGUAAUGGUGUGGUCCUGCACCGGCUGCAAUGUGUCCGUGGGUUCGGGGAAUGGAUCGAUUCCAUUGUGGAGUUCUCUUCCAGCCUGCAGAAUAUGAACGUUGAUAUCUCUGCCUUCUCCUGCAUCGCUGCCCUAGCCAUGGUGACAGAGAGGCACGGCCUGAAGGAGCCCAAACGGGUGGAAGAACUACAGAACAAGAUUGUCAAUUGCCUCAAGGACCACGUGACUUUCAACAACGGUGGCCUGAACCGGCCAAAUUACUUGUCGAAACUCCUGGGCAAGCUCCCGGAACUGCGCACCCUCUGCACGCAAGGCCUGCAGCGUAUUUUCUACCUGAAACUGGAAGAUUUGGUGCCGCCACCAGCAAUAAUUGACAAACUUUUCUUGGACACUUUACCUUUUUAAAAACAAAGACAGAGAGGGAGAGAAAAAGUGUAAGGGGAGCGGGGUGAAAUCUAGAAAGAAAGACAAUGCUGCUGUGCUCUCAGAGUUGAAGAACUUUCAAAGCCUCGAAGGUUGGUGGGGGGAAAUGCAAGCAAGCAAGGAGAUCGGAGCCACAGGAGAAAAGCAAGAACCCCCCUCCCCCCCAUAAGGAAGGAGCACCUCCGGCUGGCUGUCGCAUGCUCCCACCCCUCCAAACUGUGGCUUAGCUUGUCCUACAGAACAGUGACUGAAAACUGGGGGCUGUGGCCAUGCAGAAUUCCGUUCCUUGGACUACACACAGAUUCCCAUGGUACAAGCUUUUUAUUCUUGCCUAAACAAACAAACAAACAAACAAACAAACAAACAAACAAACAAACAAAACAAAAGUCUCUUUCGCUCCCAUCCACUCCCUUUUCCCCAAAGCAAAAAUGACACACAGAUUUUUUUUUUUAAAAAAAGAGUUCAUUACUAUGAUUGUGAGGAUGGCUGUGACCAAGGACUAUAAGUUAGGAAGCUGAGUCUUGCUUGGGCUUUAGCUGCUGCUGCUGGCAAGAGUAUUAAGAUGAUCCACUCAAUCUCCCCUCCCCCCUUUCAUAAGACUUUUAAAGUGUGUUCUGCUGUAAAGGGAAAGCUGUAAUAUAUAGAAGAUGAAAUUAAGGGUGGGGGAGGGAGAGGGUGCAGCAUGAAUCGACAGAAGGCAAAGGAUUGUACACUUAUCAGAUGCAGUUUGGCUUUUUCUUUCUAAAAAACAAAAACAAAAAACUAUUCUGUGCCUAUUUAUGAAUAAGCUAUUCAAACCAUUAUAAAAUUAGAGAGAAAAAGAGACUAAAUCAAAGGGAUUUGAACAAAAAGAUUUGAUUAUUUAAGAUUUAAAUCAAAAGAAAGUCUGAUGAUUCUAGGAAGACAAUGUUAUUAUAGGCACUUGCUAUUUCAGUAAUGUCUAUAUUCUAUAAAUAGUUAUUUCAGACACUAUGUAGUCUGCUAGAUUUUAUAAAGAUUGGUAGUUCUCUAAGAAGCUUCAAAAUUUUUUUUUCCUCAGUUGUAAAAUAGGUGGGCACAGGUGUUACACAAAUCCAACAGACUCCCCACCCACAUCCAUUUCUGGAAAAAUCUUCCGAAAGGAACCCAUAUUCCCGUGUUUGUAAACACCGUUUGGCAUUCCUUGUUUGUAAGUGUCGUAUGUAUUGUUGAUGCUGAUUAAAAAGAAAACAGUUUAUAUCUUGAUCAUUUUGUUGUCUGAGGAGAAACCAGUCUUGCAUGCACAAGCUUUUUUGACUAUUUCCAGAGUGUUUAUCUCAUAUAUAGAUCUCCCUGGAAAUUAUUGAGCACUUUGUCUUUUUAUUUCAAGUUUCUUUUGUUGAGGGAGGGAGUUGUUUUUUUAAUGCCUAAAAUUGUUAAUAUAUUAUUUUACGUAUCAAUACAAUGUUUUUUAAUGCCAUAUUCUGUAGUAUAUCUAUUUUUCUUUGUAUAUUUCCAGUAUGGCAUAUUUUAAAAUCACUGCCUCUUCCCUUUCCUCUCUCCCAUUCUACCCACCCCACAAUUUCUC